ACUGUAGUUCGAAGGAAGGUGCGACACUUGCGGACCGAAACUUACGGACCGAAACUUGAGUUUUCAACUUUAAAAACAAAAAAAACUUUUUUCAACUUUUUUUCUUGUUACAAAGCGCUAGUGUUUCAACGAUGGCAAAAGUUUUUUAAACUAAGUGGAAGGAGGCUGCCCGCGGUUUACCACUGUCGAUGAAGAAAAUAACACCUGAUCAGUUGUAGAAACUAUGACGGAUGAAUUGAAGUUGGAGCUGACGAGGACUGAUCAGUGACUAGCUAGGCUAGUAUGAUCCGAGUGGUCUGACACUGAUAACAGCUUUUAUACUAUCAUAAGCCACCUAUUUACAAUAAUUGCGUCCUACCACUAUAAAAGGCCUUAUUUUUCUGCGUCAAUCAUCAACCCUUCAUCAACUCAACUGUUCGGCAACACUCAUCAUCACAAACAUGGGCGAAGAACAGCUCGUCACGCUUCAACCAGGCCAACGCUGCAACAAGUGGACCAUUACCAAAAAGCUAGGAGCCGGCGCGUUUGGAGCAGUCUACCUCUGUACGCACGGUAAUUUGACCGCUGCACUCAAGACGGAGCCGUUGAACGCCAACCCGCCGCUGCUUGCCAUGGAGGCUCAAGUUCUGCAAGACCUGCAUGGAAUCAAGGAGGGAAAGCACUUCACCAAGUGUCACGACAUUGGACGAGAUACACAAAUGGACCCAGCGGGAAGAUCGGUCACGUUCAACUACAUCGUGAUGGCCUUGGUAGGCAAAAGCUUGGACAAGCUGAUCGAGGAGCGGCCGGGUCGACGCUUCACACCUGGCACUGCAAUUGGCAUCUCAGUGCAAAUGGUCAACGCGAUCAGGGCUCUCAACGAGAUCGGCUACCUCCAUCGGGACCUCAAGCCAGCGAAUGCAGCAAUUGGACGUGCGGACGAGAACGAGCUGGAUGUCCUCUAUCUUCUCGACUUUGGCAUGGCGCGGAAAUUCAAACGCGAGGAUGGAUCUCUACGUCGACCAAGACAGGCCUCAAACUUCCGCGGCUCUCCACGCUAUGCAGCCAUCUCAGCACAUAUCAACAGGGAGUAUUCCCGCAAGGACGACCUGGAGUCUUGGUUCUACAUGCUCGUCGAGAUAUACAGAGGAUCACUGCCAUGGGGGAAUGUCGGCGACAUGAACAUGAUCGGCGAAUACAAGAAGAAAAGGCUGCCCAGCAUGGAUCUUGAGACGAGGAAGGCGGCCGUCAGGAGUCUCAUCGAUGGUUGUCCUCAAGAAUUCGGCCAAGUGCUCAAACACAUCGACAGCCUGAAGUUCUACACUCGCCCCGACUACAAAUGGAUCAUGAAAAUCCUCAAGGAUUACCUCACCAACAACCGAAUUCCAGAGAGGCCAUACGACUGGGAGCAGGGCGGAGGAGGAGGAGGACGCGCUCCACCACCGCCAAGUGGAGGUGCCGUCGACUCAUUCUUCAGAUAG